UUUAAAUUGUUUCAGAAGAACACCAACACCUUUUAAGGGCGUCUCUAUCCGCACUGAAUGUAUCUGAUUGGUCGAGUAGCGCUAUAUAUUCUCUCAUUUCACUUCAAGGUAGCAUCACAGAGACGGCUACGUACUUGAAAGUGAAAGUGAGGUCGUCAUGGCUAAGUACGAGAAGAAGCCAGAACCUGGAGACCUUAUUGAAAUCUUCCGAGGCACAUAUCAGCACUGGGCUAUUUAUGUUGGUGAAGGUUAUGUGAUUCACCUGGCACCCCCCUCUGAACAUGCUCAAGCUGGAGCCUACAGUACGAUGUCAGUAUUAUCUGAUAAAGCCACAGUGAAGAAAGAAGAACUUUAUGAAGUAGUUGGCAAUGAUGAAUACCGUAUCAACAAUCUUCUGGAAAAGAAAUAUGAGCCACGUCCUGUUCAAGAGAUUCUUCGGGAUGCACAUAGUGUUUUGGGACAAGAACGUCCAUAUUGUGUCUUUAGAGCGAACUGUGAGCACUUUGUUACAGAGCUGAGAUACGGAGAACCACAGUCCCGACAGGUACGAGUCGCAGUGGAGACUUUUGCUGCAGUUGCUAGUGCAGGGAUUGGCCUUGGGAUCGUUGCUAUUGCCAUUUCAAAAAUGCUUGGUUCAAAAGACAAAGAGAAGCAGACACAAUGAAUAGUGAAAAAUAAAGAACUAAAAGUACUAUUUAAACCCAGUAAAAUGUUUAUUAACUUUAAAUCAUUAAAACAAACCAUUAAAUCUAAGUGUUAAAUUUGGCAGCCUUAGUUUUAUGAGUACAAAUGGAGAGAUUACAGAAUGUAAAGUCUAUUGAGGUGUAAGGCAACUCAACAGUCCAUAGUCCAAGUCUUUCUCUCUGUUUCUCUCUCUCUAUGAUAUCAGACAUUUAUUUUUUCUGCUAGAUAUCUAAUGACCUUUCAAGCAUUUUUAUUACUGUGUAUUAUAAGAAAAACAUAGAAAGCUGAAUAUAGUGGCAUCAUGAACCACCACCGGAAGGACGCAUCCUAGUACGACUGCAUAUCUAGGCUGUCAUCAAGCUCCUUCGAAGGACAUCUUAAGUUAAAACGAUCUAUUCUAUAUAGUAGUUUUUUUUGCAUCAGGUGUAUCCUUUAUGUAUCCCUCACAAAAAAAUAAAAUAAAAUAAAAAAUAAAUAAAAAGCUGAAAAUGA